GGGGGGGGAGAAAGAGCGCGGAGCCUCCGUUGAGCGCCUGCCGCGCCUGCGCAGACUGUACCUGGGUGCAAGAAAUUAAUCCAAAAAUGGAUGUCAAAAAGCCCAUGCGUGCCAAAAAGACGAUGACUCCAAGCUCCCGAAAGCAAGCGAAGAUGCUGCGUGAAAUGAAGGCUCUCCAAGCAGCAGAAAAAUUGGCAAAUGGUACCUCUGUUGUGGAUAAUCACGUUCAUUUGAAAAGGGCUGAAACAAGUGGCUUAUGUCAGAACUCUCUGAAAGAACCUCACCUUCAACCGGAAUCGAAAGAAACUCUGUUGCACCCUCCAACAUUAAGGGAGUCCGUAACCAAUUUAGUUGUUAAUUCUGAAAUCAGCAUUUAUAACAAUGGUCGUGAAGGAUCCCAAGAUCUUCCCUACAAGGUUUGCACUAAAGACUCUGAUUGGGAGCAAUUUCUGAAUGCUGGAGCCUUACGGGAUUUACUGUAUCAUUACCUUCAAAAAGAACCCAGUUCCCCAUUGCGUAAGCCGGUGGAAGUGCACUUGAACUCUGAGGCACUUGCCCAGCUUUCUGGCCAGUCGGAACAUGAGCUUUCAGUGACCUCUCCUAUGCGCAAGAUCCCUGCCUUAGAAAAGGUAACCGAAAUAAAAGAUGAAACGCUUGUUAGGCAAACUAUGCCAGUAUUGGAACAGGAAGUCGACAGAUUCCAGUUGCUUGAGAAAAAUACUAAUUCUUCAGUACUGCCAGAUGGGGCUCAGAGGAAAAGGAGAACUUCAGAAACUAAUGAAGGCAUCCUUUCCAAAUGCACCAAGAAAUCCGAUGAAGCCGGAAAGGUUUGCGACAAAAGCUCAGAGAAAAGUCAUAUUGCAUUGGAACAGGUCAAAUGCUUUAUUCAGAGUCAGGUGGACAAUUCAUUGAAAACCUUUGAUGACAGCCUCGAACUUAUAAAGCAAAGAAUCGAAGACACGCAGUGCUUCCAGAAGCAUGAAGCGAUAGCUAUUAAAAUUGUGAAGAAAAUCUCUAGGCUUGACAGACGCAUUGAUGCUGUAAUAACAAGCCAGAAGAGAGAAUCGUCUAGAAAAGCCCUCCCUAAAAGAGCACCUUCGCAAAAUGAAUUACCAAAUUGCCCCCGCCCUCAACAUGGCAAUGCAAACAGCAUGCCGGCACCGUCAAAAGAGACGCCAUCCAAUUUUAACAAAACUAUCCCUAAAAACACAGAAAGCUCUGAAGACAUCAUAUGCAUUUCUUGGGAGAAAAAAAGCUCAGACGUGGGAACGGUGAAUCCUACAGGUGUCCAGCAGAAAGAAGCUUCUGUAAAUGCCACUACUUCAGCUGAAACUCCAUGCAACUCUAAGAACCUAUUGAUCGAUUUGACUGAUGAAGGAGAUGACAGCAACAAAGAUGGGACACCUUCUUCUUUCCCAUAUUGUGCUACUAAGAAAACCAACUCAACCGUAGAAAGCCUGGUCCCAAAUCAACCCCAGCCUGUGGUGCAAUCAUCAGAUCAGGUCCCCGAAGCGUUUCGGCACCUCCCUCCAUUACCUCAGGUCGAGCAGCAGCUGGAGAGCCAGUCCAGAUUCAGAUACCUCCUUCGACCUCAAAAGCUAGACCUUGCUGUGGCUGAGGUGGAGAACCCCAAAGGCUUUGGCCUGCAGUGGAAGGUCAGCAAGGUGGACCCAUCGUGUGCCCCUCUAGACAGCUUCCACGUGUUUGUUUGCCUGGAGUCCGUCGGUAAAGGUGUGCCGACCAGCUGGAUUAAGGUGUCUGAAAUUAAGGCCAUGCCUCUCCCCAUGGCUUGCUUAUUAGGCCGGUUUCCUGAUUGCUCCAAGUGUUACUUUACCAUCCUGUCAAAGGACAUCUAUGGACGUUAUGGACCCUUUAGUGCCAUUCAGUCCAUUUCAGUGACGUAGCUCCUGUGAGGGGAGAACUAGGAUGUCUACAUUAUGUGUCCCUCUUCUCUCUACGCUGCCUAUGGCUGGCGCCAGUUUCAGGAUUCCAGUUACUGUAAGGUUUGACGCCUCACUUCUGAGUCUUCGCGUUCUCCCGUUGACCUCUUGCCUUUCUGCGAGGGGCGCCCUUAACAUUUUAGAUCUUGCAGGGGAGAGAGGAAGGACCUUCGGCUUUGCUGCUGCCGUUACACUACAACUCCCAUCAUCCUGGCCUGCUCACCAUACUGGCUGGGGCUGCUGGGAUUUGUAGUUCAGCAACUUCUGGACUGCUUCAGCCCCUUUCCCCUGUUAGUUACAGUUCCUAUAAGCUCAGACCACCAAAACGGUCUCCCUUGCAGGCGUGCCGGGUAGUGGGGGCUGAGGAGUCUUCAGCUCCCCCCCCCCAAA